AUGGCUUCGGAAGAAAAGGUAGCGCAAGCUCUGGAUGAGAUUCGUGAGGAUUUCCUGACCUGCUGUGUCUGUUAUAAACAUUAUCAACAACCCAAAGUUUUACCAUGUCUACAUACAUUCUGUGAGCAGUGUUUACUCCCUUUAGUCAAAAAUACUGACCUGAAUUUGAAAUGUCCAACGUGUUACGCCCCUUGCGAUUUGGGUGAAGAAGGAGUAGCUGGACUCAAAACAAACUUUUUUAUUUCAAGUCUUCUUCAAGAGAUUCAAGAGAGAUCGAGGAGCCUAGCCAUGACUCCACUCGCACAAUGUGGUGGGUGUGAGUCUAACUCAGUGUCAGCUACUUGCAUUGAUUGUGAACAAUACCUCUGCAACCGCUGUGUUAGAGUACACAAAAAUAUCACAUUAACACGUUCUCAUAGAGUUGUAUUUCUCAAUGUGAGGUUCUGCACCAUUCACAUUGGUAAUGAACUAAAGUUUUUCUGUGAGACAUGUGACGUGCUAACCUGCGAAGACUGUACAAUUGUAACACACCGUAUGCCAGAGCAUGUCCACAUACCCAUAAAGGAAGCUGCCGAUAAAUACUGCAAGUAUUUACGAAAGAUGGCAAAGAUGGUGGAAAAAACGGAAAAUGAAGUGUCAAAGAGUCUAGCAGAAGCUAUUGUGAUUCGUGACAAGCUGAAUGAAAAUUUUCAAAAAGAGAAGGCAGCAGUGCGGACUGCAUCUGAGGAGGUGAGGUUGGCUAUAAAUAUGAAAGAAAACACAGUAAUUGACGCUUUAGAACAAGAAAGUGCAGAAAGAAUGAAAUAUUUAAACAUACAGGCUACUGACCUUGACGGUAAGCAUACAGCAAUAGUUCAGACAUGCAAUGACAUUCGGAAGUCUCUGGAGACGGAGUGUGGAGCAGAGAUAUUAUAUUCAAAAAUGUCUUACAUUAAAAAAAUCGGAAAGCUGCUUACUGAGGACAUUGAUAUAGAUGUCGAGGAGAAUUUGUUUCAGGUAACGCCUCAAAUUGACAAAAUGACGUCUCUGUUUGAAAAUAAACAGUCUGUGUGCUUAUCGCAGUGUGCAAUUGAAGGUACUGAAUUACUGCAAUACCCGCUACUGAAAGGUCAAUCAAUCGUCUUGCCCAUUUUCACCAGAGACUGUACGGGGAAACAUUUAGUAAGUGAACAUGAGGUUAAAGCAAUUCACAUUAAACCAGAUGGAACACGCAAGCAUAUGCAAGUGACUGAUCGUGGCGAUGGUGUAUAUUCUGUAACAUUUCAUGGUGACAUGGAAGGACGUAAUCAAAUUAUAGUGAUGAUUGGGGCUACAGAAGUUCCGGGACCACCAGUCACACUUCAGGUCAUCAAUAGCCUGGUCAAAACCAUAGGCCAGAAAGGAGAUGGGGAAUGA